CAAAGUUCGACGCAAAGAUGAUUUCAAAGCCUAUGAGAUGUGUUAAACUGCACUUAUGCAAUAUCCAGCACAGAUUAAAUACUGUCUCUGCAAUUAUGAAAAUUUAGCCAACGGCGAUAAAAUCGAAUUUAGAGCAAAUUCGUAUUUUAUUUUUUUUGCUUUCUAUUCCGUGCGCAGGAAAUCUGAGAGUAGGUAUUUGCAGUGUUGAUUUCGAGCUGACAUCUUUGUUUGGCUGCACGGUUAAAUAACGUAGCAAGCUAGCUCCGAACGGAGGUUUGGGGUAAACAACCGUCUUAAAACACACAGUUGUAGCUUAGCAGAAAGCUGAUAGCUAUGGCAUAACAACUGUCCAGGUAAUAUACUGCAGUCGGUGAUAACAGGCACUAUGUCAGCUUUGUUGUGGCAGAACCGUGCUGGCCUUUGCAGAAAAUACGGUACAGGUUUAUCGUGGGCGCUGUCAAGGCGAAACUCUCAUGUAUUAGCGAACAAGUCGAUAUUCGGCGACACUGGUCAAAAUGUGCUGUCGAGAUGCGCUACCGUCAGCAAGAUGCUUCUGGCAAAAUCGGAGCGGACGCUCACAAGUCAGCCACAGAAACUCCUUCAGAGUCUUCUCCACAGACCUUUGAGUCCUGGCAUGAAGAGAAUUAGCAAAGAAUUAAUCAGGAGCAACCUGCUGAGGAACCCUGUUGGUUUGGUAAAUCUAUUAGGGGCAACAAACUUCUUCAGUACGUCUCAAUCUAAACAAGAGAAAAAUAAAAGUAAUGGACCAAAGGGAAAAACUCCAGAGGAAGAUGAAGAGGAGAAGAAACGUCGUGAGCAAGAGGACCAGAUGUACCGGGAACGCCUGCGAACCCUCUUCAUCAUAGCGCUCAUCAUGAGCCUGCUGAACUCCAUAAACACCAGUGGCGGUAACAUCUCUUGGAAUGACUUUGUCAACGAGAUGCUGGCCAAGGGAGAGGUUUCACGUGUACAAGUCGUUCCCGAGAGUGACAUUGUAGAAAUCUACCUUCAUCCAGGAGCCGUUAUCUUCGGACGGCCUAGGCUGGCGCUCAUGUACAGAAUGCAGGUUGCCAACAUUGACAAAUUUGAGGAGAAGCUUAGAGCCGCCGAAGAAGAGCUGAAUAUCGACACUAAGGACAGGAUACCAGUGUCGUACAAACGCACCGGAUUCUUUGGGAAUGCAGUCUAUGCUCUGGGGAUGGCUGCUAUCGGCGUGGCUAUUCUCUGGUAUAUCUUUCGACUCGCAGGCAUGGGUGGCAGAGAAGGAGGCUUCAGCGCUUUUAAUCAGCUGAAGAUGGCCAAGUUCACCAUUGUGGACGGCAAGUCGGGUAAAGGUGUGAGUUUCAGAGAUGUAGCAGGCAUGCAUGAGGCUAAGAUGGAAGUAAAGGAAUUUGUCGACUACCUCAAGAAUCCAGAACGAUACCUCCAGCUGGGAGCCAAGGUUCCCAAGGGUUCAUUGCUGCUUGGGCCUCCAGGCUGUGGGAAGACGCUGCUGGCUAAGGCUGUAGCCACUGAGGCCCAGGUGCCCUUUCUGGCUAUGGCUGGCUCUGAGUUUGUGGAGGUCAUUGGAGGCCUGGGUGCCGCUAGGGUCAGGAGUCUGUUCAAGGAGGCUCGUGCCCGAGCACCCUGCAUCGUCUACAUCGAUGAGAUUGAUGCUGUGGGAAAGAAGCGCUCCACCAACAUGUCAGGUUUCUCCAACACUGAAGAGGAGCAGACCCUCAACCAGCUGCUGGUAGAGAUGGAUGGAAUGGGAACAACAGACCAUGUCAUUGUCCUUGCUUCCACCAACAGAGCAGAUAUCUUGGACAAUGCUCUCAUGAGACCAGGCAGACUGGACAGGCACAUCUUUAUAGAUCUGCCCACAUUGCAGGAGAGGAAGGAGAUCUUCGAGCAACAUCUGAAGAUCCUGAAGCUGACCCAGCCAGCUAAUUUCUACUCUCUGCGUCUGGCUGAGCUCACCCCAGGCUUCAGUGGUGCCGACAUUGCUAACAUUUGUAACGAAGCCGCUCUUCAUGCUGCCAGAGAGGGACACAAGUCCAUCGAUACCUUUAACUUUGAAUAUGCAGUGGAGAGAGUAAUAGCAGGAAGUGUAAAGAAGAGUAAGAUCCUGUGUAAAGAGGAGCAGAGGGUGGUUGCCUUCCAUGAGUCUGGACAUGCCCUGGUGGGAUGGUUACUAGAGCACACAGAAGCAGUCAUGAAGGUGUCCAUAGCCCCGCGGACUAAUGCAGCCCUGGGAUUUGCCCAAAUCUUACCUCGUGACCAGUACCUUUUCACCAAGGAGCAGCUGUUUGAGCGGAUGUGUAUGGCUCUGGGAGGAAGAGCUGCUGAGGCUAUCACCUUUAACAAAGUUACAACAGGAGCUCAGGAUGACUUGCGUAAGGUGACACGUGUGGCCUACUCUAUGGUGAAGCAGUACGGCAUGUGUGACAGUGUCGGACAGGUCUCAUUCCCCGACACAGAGGAGCAAGGUGCCAUUGGACGUCGUCCUUUCAGCCAGGGCCUGCAGCAGCAGAUGGACCACGAGGCUAAGAUGUUGAUAGCCCGUGCCUACAGACACACAGAGAAGCUGCUGAUGGACAACAGAGACAAGCUGACACUGUUGGCCAAUGCGCUGUUCGAGCGUGAGGUGGUGAACUACGAUGACAUUGAAGCCUUGCUCGGGCCACCACCCCAUGGGCCCAAGAAGAUGAUUGUCCCACAAAGCUGGAUUGAGGCUGAGAAGGACAAACAAGACACAGGGGAAGACGAACCUCAACCACCUCCCCGCAAACACAGAGAAGAGGACAUGAAUCCACAGCUGGUCUGAUCUUAAAAUAUACAUCUCAAAGUUCUUUUCCACUGCUGCAUUUUGUGGGGGUCACCAGGGGCUAGGUGAAUUUUAUAAAACCUGGUACUGAUUUCCUCACUUUGAAGCUUUAAAUGCCUUGAAAGUGAAAUCGUCAAAGUUUCUUAAAACUCUGCAAUCCAUUCAUACUUUGGCACUUAUUUUCCAUUUAGCUGAUCCAUUUAAAUAAUCUGAAAUCUAAGGCCUAAACAAGCCAGUGCAACUUUGAGAAUUAUUAUUUUGGGAGAAAUUCCACUAUUUUUCCUCACUUCCUUGUUGCACAGCCAUAUUAUUAUGCCCUGGAAGCACUAAAAACAAGUCUAUUUAUACAGCAUAUCACUAACUAGCAUAAAGUGCAGAUAGUUUAGAAAGGCCAUCUAAUCAGCAUUUACUGAAUGUGCAGUCAACAAUUAAAUGCUCUUUCUUUGAAUUCCCCAACACUGUGUGCUAAUGCCUGAAACUGAUGUGGGAUCGUUUUAUGCAGACAUGGUGCAACAUAUACAGGUUUGGAUUCCAGUAUUAAUCUGUACUGAAAAAAAGUUGAAUUUCGGGUUUUUCCUACUUUGGUGCAAAUGGCAUCUCUGACAAAUAUAUUUGCAUUCAUUCAGGUGACUCACAUCUACACAAACAUAUUAAGUUCUGCAUUGCGGUUGGUAUUCAGAUGAGCUGCAGACAAGAAUUGCAACAUAUUGUAGUAAAUUGCUGUGGACAUCAUUACAUAACAGCAUGCACUUGAGUCAUUUUUUUUUUUUUUUUGACCAGGCUAAAACAGAAGCGGCAAGGACCAAAUUAACCUGUUCUCCAUCAAAAAAGGAAACUUUUUUACAAUUUUACAACUUGAAAUACCCCUUUAAGGUUUAAAUAUCAAAGUUUCUGUCAUGUUGGUGAUCAAGCGGCAGGUAUUACUCCACACAGCUUGGUCCUUCUCUCACUGCGAGACAUAUUGAUUGAGUUAAUAGAUGGACUAGGUUGAGUUAGUGUUUUCUUUGGAAAAAGUCUGUAUUAGGGGCUGUGUAUUGCUUUGAUUGCCACAAGUGAAUAUGAAGUCCCAAAGGACAGUGUUGCUAAAUAUUUAAAUAAAGUUUUAUUUAAAUAUUG